UCGGGGAAGUUUAUCGCCCUAUCUGAAUGACAGUGCAUUAAACAGACUGGAUUUUCCAUUACCUGCACAUGCAAGGCUGAGCCUGAGGUUUUGAGUAGCAAGUCCAGAUGAGAUGACAGGGUAGAGCCUACACUACAGGAUGAUUCUAAGCUAAACCUUCAAGCAUUCAUCAACAUCAACAUAAUAAAUUGAAUCCUGUGAAAUUGAAUGUGCAAAAGAAACACAGAGAGACUUGAAUCUUGCGCGGAAGGAGAGAACCGUAGAGGGAGCCCUCCAAGAUGGCUGCCCUUCAAACAGAGUAUAGACGGUUGGAGACUGUCGAGGACGACGCACAGGAGGAUAGGGACGUCAUGCUCCACGUUGUGCAUGACUCUGGAAGAGCACGCUGGAAUCACAUCGAGAAUCUAGAUGAAUUCUUCACAAGAGUCUACCAUUAUCAUCAGAGGAAUGGAUACCUGUGUAUGAUGCUUGCCCAACUCCUGGAACUAGUGCAAUUCCUGUUCAUCAUCUUUUUCUCCCUCUUCUUGCUACAAUGUGUCGACUACUCUGUACUUUUUCAAGAUGACAAAAUCUCAGGGGCAAAGGUCACCAUUCCAGAUGCUAUCAUACCACUAGAACAGUGUGCCAAGAAUCCGUCUAGCGUGAUUGUGAUCUGUCUGAUCAUCGCCGGCAUCUUUUGGCUUCAUCGUCUUCUAAGGGUACUCUAUAACGCAUUCCACUUCUGGGAGAUCAGAUCAUUCUACACAAAAGCACUCAAAAUCUCAUCGAAAGACCUUGUGAAUCUGACAUGGCAUGAUGUCCUCAAGAGAGUUCAGCAGGUCCAAAGGGAACAGAGGAUGUGUAUACACAAGGCAGAGCUGACAGAGUUGGAUAUAUAUCACAGGAUAUUGCGGUUUAAGAAUUACAUGGUUGCCAUGGUGAAUAAGUCUUUACUGCCCUUACAUCAUCAUCCGCCUUUCUUAGGAGAUGUAGUUUUUCUCACCAAUGGAUUGAAGUACAACUUAGAGAUGAUCCUAUUUUGGGGUCCGUGGGCCCCGUUCAGAAACUAUUGGCACUUGAAAGAUGAAUACAAACGAUCAUCCAAGAGAGAGGAACUAGCAAGACAGUUAUCAAAGCAUAUCUUGUGGAUAGGUCUGGCAAACCUGGUCCUGAGUCCCUUCAUCUUCCUUUGGCAGAUCCUCUACUCAUUCUUCAGCUAUGCAGAGCUCAUCAAGAGAGAUCCUUCAACUUUAGGAGCCAGGAAAUGGUCGCAGUAUGGACGGCUGUACCUACGGCACUUCAACGAACUAGAUCAUGAAUUCCAAGCAAGACUGAACCGAGGCUACAAACCAGCUAAGAAGUACCUGGAUGCAUUCACAUCCAAUGUGCUUGCAAUCAUCUGCCAGAACAUAGCCUUCUUUGCUGGAUCUAUCUUAGCAGUCCUCAUCAUCCUCACCGUCAUCGACGAGGACGUCUUGACAGUAGAACACGUCCUCACUACCGUCACAUUACUAGGAGUUGCUGUUACAAUAUGCAGAACGUUUAUACCAGAUGAGAACCUGAUCUGGUGCCCGGAGACAUUGAUCCAGAGUAUACUAGCCCAGAUCCACUACAUCCCUGACUCUUGGAAAGGCCAGGCCCACACUUACAAGGUCCGGGACGAGUUCUCCCAGCUCUUCCAGUACAAAGCGGUCUACUUCCUCGAGGAGCUCCUGAGUCCCAUCGUCACUCCAUACGUCCUUAUCUUCAAGCUUAGAUCACGAGCUGUGGACAUCGUUGACUUCUAUCGCAACUUCACAGUGGAUGUCAUCGGUGUGGGGGAUGUCUGCUCCUUUGCUCAGAUGGACAUCAGGACCCAUGGAAAUCCCAAGUGGAUGACUGGUGGGAACACGGAUGCCAACCAAUACAACCAAGCUGAAGAUGGCAAAACAGAACUAUCACUCAUGCAUUUCACUGUAACCAACCCUAAAUGGACGCCACCCCAGAGCAGCAAGUUCUUCAUUAGUGCGCUAAAGUCACAAGCUCAGCGUGAUAUAAAAACAUGUAACAGACUUGAGGCUGAAAACAAUGCUCUGAUGACAUCGAUGAGGUCUAUUACGUCAUUGGAAGGGCAAAACAGUAUUCUAGGUAGUCUAGCUGUCCAGCACAGUAACCCGCCUUCCCUUGGUGCCAUCCCCACCCCCCACUUCCAGCCCCCUGCCCCCCUCUCAUCCCCUAUCACAUCCCCCAUCUCGGAGGGGGCAACAAGCCCCCGCCCCAGCCAGCUUGUGAUGGGCGGGAUCACUAGUUCGGAAGGCCCUCUGGAUUCCGAGGGGUCUGGUCUUCUUACGAGUUUGCAGAGUCCUGAUGGUGCUUUCUUGACCAGCAUACAAGGUCCUGGUCUAAUGCAGCAGUCUCUCGUACCAACGGCCAAUCCAGUGGUAACGGGGCCCUCCCCUGCCAACGUCACGACUGCCGACAUGAACUUUAGCGCCCUCUAUAUGCACCAGCUCCACGACAGGAGCGUCAUCUUGCCUGGCUCCACUUCCUUUGAGAUGCAGCCCCCUCAGCAGCCAAUGAACCAAUCCACCCCGUGGCAAAUGGAACCUCCCGCAGACUCCAUAGAGUCUGAUGAUGACGACCAGCCACCCCAGCACAUGCCAUUAGCAACAGAGGGGCAGCUCAUUAACACUGAUGACAUCAAUGUCUGAGACUCAAAUCUCUGGGCCUGGUUUCACCAAACGUGUGGUCAAUGGCAAGUCACAAUAUACUGUUAUAAGCUGCUGAACUCCUUCUUAUUGAUUGGAUGAGAACAAAUAAGUCCUAUGAUUCUAUCAUUUUUGUAAUCAAUAUUAAGUGUUAUGAUGGCUGUGUAAGCUUUUUUUCCUGGUGUGCUGAUGUAAAAUUUUAAGCAUCUCCUGGGGCCUGUUCCAGAGAGAGUUAAAUGUGACAGUGGUCAGAAAAAAAACAAAAUCAUUUAGGUACUCUUCCUUUGACUGUAUUUUACUAUUUUUGGUUCCAUACAGUGUCCAAUCCAGACACAACCAGCCUUUCUAGUGAAGCAUUCAAGAUGCAGAGUGCAUGUUGAAUAAUUUAUUUGUAUUUUUUCACUUUGUUCUGAGAAUGCUGGGUGCUACAUAAGCACUUGCCCAAUUGCCCUGGGCAAGUAUAAGUUAAAGUCGGGCAAGUGUUAUGAGGUAAAGACCAAAACUUUUUGGCUGUAUUGGGCAAGCAAAAUUCUCACAGUAGAAUUACAAUAUUAGGGUCAAUAGGAUAUAUAAUGACCCUAAAUUUGUUCAUGGCGGGCAAGAUAAAAUCACUUUGGAAAAAGAAAUGCAAGAACAAGGUACAUCAGUCAAAAGAGAGCUAAAAGGUCAAUGGUUUAUAAAACCACAAUAUAUAUAUUUUUGAAGAGGUUGUUUCCAAAGAUUUUUUCGGGCAAGCAAAAUAGAUUUUUGGGCUAGUAUUUUCUAACUAUUUAAAAAUUUACUUGCGUGAUAGGGAAAGUGCUUCUUAAAAGUUAUGUAGCACCCUUGAAUGUUUCAUGGAAUGAACUAUUGUUUGGUUGAGGAAGGCAGGUUUGUUUUGAUCACUCACAGUAGAUACCAACACGGAGUCUUGGCUGUACGUAUCAGAUCGGGGUCCGAUUUCAUGAAAAUUGUUGCAAUAACAAUAUUGCAAUCAAAUUAAAAGCUAAUGAUAUUGUGUUUGAUUAGCCGACAAAGUAGAACCCUAGAUAUAUUAGGUUAUUUGAACUAGAUUAUUGUACGUUUUGCUGAAAAAAAUACAUUAAAGGUAAAGAAACCCAAAUGGAUUAUUUGUUAUAAAGUAACAAGAAGAAAAAAAAGUCAACAUGAAAUAUUGAUAAAACCAACAAAUAACAAGGAUAUUGUGAUUUAAAGCAACAGCAACUGUGGUCACUAUGUGUGUGGGAUUUCAAAUUGGCCAAAUAGGUGAUGUAAUUGUGAUGUAAAGUAAGGUCUAAAUAUCUGUUUGAUCCAAUUCAUAAAAUUGCUCAAAUGUUGCCUUUUUCAAAACUUUUGCUUAAACUAUUAUUUUCAUUGCAUAAGUACGUACUUAUGCAAUCUAUAUUACUCUUGAUUAUUGCUCGGCUGUCAUGUGGUAAAACGAAAAUCGCUGUUCUGAGAAAAAUUACUUUCAAGUUUAGCGGAUUGAGCUUUUUGAUGAGACAGAAAUAAUGCAUUAUUAGCAAUGGGAAAAGAAGAAGCACAAUAAACACUAAUAACUGAACAAUUUUUAGCUUAUUUGGGGUUUUAAUUAUGAAAUAAAUGAGAUUUUUGUGUAGAUAGACUGUUUAACCACAGCACAUGUUUACACUCAUACUACACAUCAUAAGAUGGUAAAAUGGUCUAUCUUCUAGAUAGACCAUUUUACAAUCUUACCCCAAUCCACAAUAUUCUUCAGCGAUUUUCAAGACCGUUUUACCAUCUGACGGCCGUGUGACGUGGCGGUAAAUUGGUCUAACUCAAAGAAAGUUGGUGGUUGGUCGUGAUUUUUUACCUGAUUGCUAAGAAAGCAAGAAUGCUUGUAAGCAAGCAACCAGAGAGCCGACG